CACGAGUUCUCCGUGGACAUGACCUGUGAAGGCUGCUCUAAUGCAGUCACUCGGGUCCUCAACAAGCUGGGAGGUAGCUGCUUUGACCAUCUCCAUUUCAAGCAGGAGGGAACUGAAGUUCAGAGAGGUUAAGUAACCUUUUGGGAUCACACAGCCAGUAGUGGCAGAGCUGGGAUUUGGCCCUGUGGAGCCCUGGCAGUACUACUUAGUAUGUUGGUGAUCACAUUCAUCUCCAGUGUGAUAACUUUUGUUAUGUGACACAUUUGAGUGUCAUUUUCUUUUAAGAUUUUUAGAAGCUGUAACAUUUUAAGAAAUAAACUUUGGAUCAGUCCUGUGCAGAACUCCUAAAGCACCUCUUUUGGGUGUAUUUAGAAAACUAUUAAUCUCCUCCAGUCCCCUCAAUUCUCAUCUGGGGAAACUGAGGCCCAGAGAGGGCUGAGGCCUGGUCCUGGGGCUCCGUGAAGUAAUGACAGAGCUGUGAUCAGAGUUCUGGUAGUGCUGGGGCAGUCAGUCUUUUAACCCUGGAUAAUAGUAACACCCAGUUUUCAAAGGGCUUUCAUGUGGAUGUCAUCUUGUUAGCACUUAACACUGUCCUCUGAGCUGUACUUUCCGUCUGUGGAAUGGGGAUGUUGACACCAGGCCCCAGGAGGGGAAGUGACUUGCCCAGUGUCCCACAGUGAGUCCAUGGCUGGUUUCUAGACUGUAAACUGGAAUCUGAACUGUAAAAGAAUCUGAAACAGUGAAAAGAACCUGGCUUCUGACUUGCCAUGUGACCUUGGCCUCCUCUCCGGGGGCCUGGCUUUCCCCAGCUACAGUAUGGGAAAGUCAGCCUCUCAGCUUUGCUGUGGAUGCUUUAACAGUGUAACUCUGCUCACAAGCCUCUCUAUACAAGCACUGCAUGAAGUGAGGGAGGGCCUGCUUUCACUCUUGCUGGCUCCAGGACACCUGUCCAGGGACCUGGGCUGCCAGAAACACAGCUUGAAAUCCACUGGGUCAGAUGAUGCCAGACUGUCUUCCAGCUCUAUAAUGCCACCAGAAUAUUUGCUCCAAAGAGGAGGGGGACACUUCUGAACCAAAAGACAAAACCCGGAGUGCAGCCAGGAUACAUUGCCCUCUCCCUGGUAUCCAUUAGGUACAGAGUCAAAGGGUAGGACUAAAUCCCGUGCCGUGUGCUUCUUCAGGCCCCUUCACUGGUGCCUGAGGAUCUGCCUUUGAGCUUGGGCAGGUAUCUCUCCCUCUUUCACUACUAUCCCCACUUGGGGUGGCCUCUUAAGAAGGGUCAGAAGGGUUUUCUGAGUUAGUCGGGGCCACAGAUGAGCAGUGCUGGGCCUGAGGAAUCACAGACCAGUGGCAUACUUGAACUGGAGAGCCCACAGGGGCUGGCUGACCCCAACUCCUUCAUGUACCGAUGGGGAACCUGAGGCCUGUGAUGGGCAGGACCCAGCCAGUCAGUGGUGAAGCCAGGCCUGGGAUUCUCCCUCUGUUGUUUCAAGAAGACCUAUUUGUACCUAUUCCCCUAUGCCACCGAGGGGCUUCAACUGGGCACAGCCCUUUCGGAGGGCAGUUUUGCAAAAUCUGUGAACAUUUAAAGUGUGCUAGGCCCCUGUGCUCAAUAGCCCGCGAGACUUUGCAGAGGCCUUCCUCUUUUAUCUCGGCCGCCAACAUGCCAUCCAGACUAAGGAAGACCCGGAAACUUAGGGGCCACCUGAGCCACGGCCACGGCUGCAUCAGCAAACACUGGAAGCACCCGGGAGGCCGCGGUAAUGCUGGGGGCAUGCAUCACCACAGGAUCAACUUUGACAAAUAUCACCCAGGAUGCUUUGGGAAAGUUGGUAUUAGGCAUUACCCCUCAAAGAGGAGCUAGAGCUUCUGCCCAGCCGUCAACCUUGAUAAAUUGUGGACCUUGGUCAGCGAGCAGACACGGGUAAAUGCUGCCAAGAACAAGACUGGAGCUGCUUCUGUCAUUGAUGUGGUGCGAUCGGGUUACUGCAGAGUUCUGGGGGAGGGGAAGCUCCCAAAGCAGGCUGUCAUCGGGAAGUCCAAAUUCUUCAGCAGGAGAGCUGAGGAGAAGAUUAAGGGUGUGGGUGGGGCUUGUGUCCUGGCAGCUUGAAGCUACAUGGUGGGAGAUUCAUGAAAGCAGGGGUCCCUGACACCACCCGCUCCCCAGCCCAGCCCACAGAGCAGGAGGUCAGCAGCGGGCGAGUGAGCGAAGCUUCAUCUGCCGUUCCCCAUCGCCCGAAAAACUGUCUUGCAUAAAACCGGCCCCUGAUACAGCCACUAUGGAGAACAGUAUGGAGGUUCCUCAAAACACUACAAAUAGAACUACCAUAUGACCCAGCAAUCCAACUACUGGGCAUAUAUCCUGAGAAAACCAUAAUUCAAAAAGAGUCAUGUGCCACAAUGUUCAUUGCAGCUCUAUUUACAAUAGCCAGGACAUGGAAGCAACCUAAGUGUCCAUCGACAGAUGAAUGGAUAAAGAAGAUGUGGCACAUAUAUACAAUGGAAUA